GUUUUAGUGAUAUUGAUGACACAAAUAUUCUUUCUGGUGAUGAUGUAGCUAAGGCUUUUGAGCAAUCACAAGAAAAAAUUGUUAAAAUUCAAGAAGAUGCCUUAUUACUCUUUGGCUUUAAAACUAGAGCUAAAGGAACACCAGAUCUUAAUGCUACAAUAAAGUUUAUUAAUGCAAUACUAAAUAAUUGGUGUGGUUAUACUAUCAAGAGUGAGCGAAGGCUCUCGGGGCCAAAAGAUCAGCGAGUGUGGAAGCGCACUUAUUGGAUUUAUCGUGUACCAGAUAAUGGAGCUGGUUUUGAAACUAUAGAAAGAAUAAUAGCUAUAAAAUCAAAGGAUCCUAAUUAUCACCCUACAGUCCCGAUUCUUCCACCAUAUAAAUCUGAAUCGGUUAAUGAAACUCAAGAACUUUUCAAUUCUAUACCCAUAACUAGUGAUAUCACCAUUUCAAAAUCCAAUAAUAAGGUUUGUGAAAAGAAUUCUUGCAAUAACAUAGUCGAAAAAUUUGAGACAAAUUUACCACAAUUGUCCUCUAUAGUAUUGGCUCAAAAUCAAUCAAACAAUUUCGAGAAAUUUUCAAACAUUACCGAAACUAGGAUUGAAAUACCUGAAUCCUUAAUUUCUUUAUCUUCAGAAUACCUUAUCAAAAACGAAUCUGAUAUUGAUACUCUUAUCUUUUAUUUACAAGAAAAAUUCCAAAUGUCAAAAGAAAAAUUGGAACAAUGGCGAGCCAAGAUUGCUUUUGAAUUGCGGGAUAAUCAUAAUUAUUGGAAAAAAGAGCGUGAAAGCAUGAAUGAAAUUGAUUUUCUAGAAUAUAAACGAAAUUUUGAGGCUAAAUUGGGUAUUCCUACUACUCCACACAAAAGAGAAUUAAAAACCUACUCUUUAGCCUUCAUUGAAUAUGCGUAA